UACAAACACUAUGUCUUUCUCACUUCAUAAUUAGGCCCGACACUGAAUUUCCACCACUUAUCCCUGUCCAUGGCCACUCUUUCCCCUUUGUCCUCUCCCUUUCCACACCCAAAUACUAGUUCAAAGCUUCAGUCUCCAAUGCUGCAGCCUUCUUUAGAGCAACUAGAAGCACAACAACAUCAGCUGAAGCCACAACAAGCUGCUGUUGAACAGGUUGAUGAUAAGCCUCUUCGUGGUUCGUCUAUCCAAAGCCCCGAAUUAGGUGUUAGUUCAAAUCAUUCAUCUGUCAAUCAUUCGACAACCGCAUACCGCAUUUCGUUCAAUCAAGACUGCAGCUGUUUUGCUAUCGGCACUGAUCGUGGUUUUGGAGUAUUUACCUGUGACCCUUUCUGUGAGUCCUUUUGUCGAUACUUCGAAAAUAUAGGUGGCAUUGGAAUUAAUGAAAUGCUCUUUCGCAGCAAUAUAUUAACCUUUGUUGGAUGUGGAGACCAUCCACAGUAUCCUCGAAACAAGGUCAUGAUUUGGGAUGAUAACCAAAGCCGCUGCAUCAGUGAGCUCUGUUUCCGGUCGGAAGUGCACAGGAUCAGGCUUCGGCAGGACUACAUUGUGGUAGUGCUUGAGCAGAAGAUAUUUGUCUACCACAUUUCUAAUCUGAAGUUGUUUCAAAUUGAAACAAUUGCGAACCCAAAGGGUUUCUGUGAGGUUUCACAAGCUGCUAGUCCACUUGUAUUGGUAUGCCCUGGUCUGCAAAAGGGUCAAGUUCGGGUUGAACAUUAUGCAUCAAAAAGCACAACAGUUAUUGUAGCACAUGACUCAGUGCUUGCAUGUUUUGCUCUUACGAGGGAAGGCCGGGGUACACUAAUCCGGAUUUUCAGCACGCUAGAAGGUACAUUGUUGCAGGAGGUAAGGGAUUAUUCUCAUCAUUGUUUCAGUUUAUUCUAUAUUACACAUUCUUUUGUUACAAAACCUGAAGUAAUAGCAGCAUUUCUGUUAUUAUGUUUCCCUUUUUGGGCCAAAGUAGAAUAA